GCGCGCGGUAACAGGCAGAGUUUGUUAGUGCAGGACGGGAGCCGAGAGCCGCGGUGACAACGGACGGGACGAUGUUCCUGCAAAAGUCGGUCGUCUAUUUGACAGCGUCGUGCAUGUUCUGCUACAUUAUAGCUCUGAGCGUCAUCCUCAACAUUUUAAAAGUUCUCUCGCCAAACCUCGCCAGGAAGCUCAUCCUGAAACUGGGAGAAAAAGCCACGAUGACCCAAAAUCCCAAGUUCACCUACGAGGACUGGGGCCUGACUUACGGAUCGCUUGCAUUUGUUAAGGUCGCCUCGAAGACGAUGUGGCUUUCACUGGGACAGGAGGCUUUCGUAGGAGGAGAGGCUCCAGACUCACCUGUGAUCAGCAUGGAUGGGGAGACGACCAGCAUCUGCAAGUACCUCAAAGGCAACAGGCCGCUGGUGUUGAGUUUUGGGAGCUGCACCUGACCCCCGUUUAUGUUCAAGCUGGACGAGUUCAAGCAGCUCGUCAGGGACUUCGGGGACGUGGCGGACUUUCUCGUGGUCUACGUCGCUGAGGCCCAUUCCACAGAUGGGUGGUCCUUUGGCAACAACUUUGACAUCAGUGAGCACCGGAGCCUGGAGGACAGGCUGUCUGCAGCACAGAUCCUGCUUCAGAAUGACCCGCUGUGUCCCGUGGUGGUGGAUGAGAUGAGUAACGUCUCGGCCAUCAAGUACGCUGCCCAACCUGAGAGGCUGUACGUGCUGCAGGCUGGAAAAGUCCUUUAUAAGGGCAAAAUGGGGCCCUGGGGCUACGAUCCUCUGGAAGUGCGUUCAGUCCUGCAAAAGAUGAAAUAAGUUGAAAGCCGCUGUUGCUGGAAAUGCCUUGUUUGACUGCAGCUGAUUGGAAUCUGCUUGUCUGACUGUGUUUUUAAACUCUUUAUUGGCCCUGAAUCAAAAUACUGUUAUCGCUACGUGAACUUGUGCCUCGAUGGCAUUUACCACUGAAUAACGGCAGCUAUUAUAAUUCCUUUGCUCCGUUGCCACCCCCUGGCUCCCCUGCCACUUUCAUACACACGGUCUUAGCUCAACCUCAGCUCUGUGUUUCUUAGUGACGGCCGCAGAUGAAACCGCUGGGAUCUGUGACCAGAUGAGGUGAAACAUGGAAAAGGUCAGCUUGGAGUUUGUUUAUAAAGGUUGGUAGGAGGGAGCUGGUGUCUUAAAUUUAAAACAUAAACUGCUAAUUUAUUUUCUGUGCCAGCAUGCCAGUAUAUUCUAUAAAAAUCAAAGAUGUAAGUAAAGAUUUAUCUACUCAUUUCGUGUCUUUCGCUUAGCUGUAAUCGGGUUUCGGAGCUUCUCAGGGAAAAUCCAAACAUGCCUCGCUAGUGACAAUGAACAUAUCAUGAUACAUUUGUAAGGACUUUGUUAUAAACCAACAAAAAAUGACUGGACUGGAAAGGAGAUGUAUACAUGGUUUUCAAAACUUUUAACAAGCGAAGCCUUAAAACUGCGGCAUGCUUCAAUUGGACUUUCGACGACUUACUUCUUAUUUCUUUGACCGUUGUUGUAACAUGAAGUCCCUUGAUAUAUAAAGAUAAAACUUCUUUUUGGAGGAAAACCUGCCCAAGAGGUCCUCCGGUGAAAAAUGUUCUACUGCAUUAAUUCCUGACAAUAUGGAAAAGUUCAGUGACCAUACAUACUUUUGCAAAUUACUGUCGAUCAACCUGGAAAUAAACUAACCCUGAUAGAAACUAACUAAAGGUAUAUACUUUAAACUUGCCUCGAUUAUUGGGUUAGUUCCCCACAAUAUUGCCCUCUCGAAGAAACUAGCUGGAUGGACCUAGUAUCAGGUGAGUCACAGUGACUCACCAGCCUACUGGAAUAGAAAAAGACUGCUGCAAAAUUCACAGAGGACUUAUUAUUGCUUCACAGAAAGGCUCUCCAGGUGCUGACUGUCUGGAGGCAAUAACAAUACAAAAGAGUGUUUGUCAUCAGCAAUCUGAUUCUGUGCAGAUGUGCAAGUUUGAGUUGUGAAGCUCCACAUUCAGGCUGCUAUGCUGGUUAUUGCUUAACAGACUGUUCUCAGCUGAUUCCUGCAUUCAGCACUUUUGCUGUUACGCAACAAGUGUUUGCUUUUUAUAGCAUAUCAAAGUGCAUAUCUGUUUCGCCUGGAAUCAGAAGCACAGGAAAAAAAACCUUUUAUUACCAGUAUCAAAAUAUUACAAUGCCGAUGUAUUUUUGCUUCAUUUCCACAUGUUUCUUUACAAAAUACAAUAGUUUGAGCAAAAUAAAAGGUCACAUUGUU